ACUCACGUGCGCGUUAGGUUUGGCGAAAAAAUGGCGGCGACGAGACAGCUCUGUACUCUGAGAAGAUGUGCUAGUCUGGUCCCCAGCAGAGGCUAUGCAGCAGCGGCUGCAGCGCCAGUAAAGGCACCUAUAAGGGUGUUUGGAGUCGAAGGUCGAUACGCUCAUGCCUUGUUCUCAGCUGCCUCUCAGAAGAAUGCCAUUGAGUCAGUUGAAAAGGAGUUGACAGACUUCCAGCGACUGGCAGAUAAGAAGAGAGAGCUGGUGGAUUUCAUAGAGAACCCUGUCCUCUCCAAACACCAGAAGUUGUCUGCUCUGACAGACAUUCUGAAGGACAGAAAAGCAUCAGAUCUCACUAUAAACUUAUUUGGAGCACUGACAGAGAACAAUAGACUGAGUAGGGCCAUGGGAGUCAUCAAGGCCUACUGCACCAUCAUGAGUGCUUACCGCGGCGAAGUCCAGUGUACUGUCACCUCCGCCAAGCCACUGGAUGCCAAGACCCAGAAAGAACUGGAGACUGUUCUGAAGGGAUUUCUAGAGCCAAAGCAAGUGCUCAAACUCGACACAAAGAUGGACAGUUCUAUCAUAGGAGGGAUGGUGGUUGAGGUAGGAGACAAGUACAUUGACAUGUCCACAGCAACUAAAGUCAAGAAGAUCAUGCAGUCACUCAAGGAAACUGUAUAGAUUUGGCCCACAGUUCUCUUGAGUAGGACACUGUAUAUCUGUUAUUAUUGUCCAGGUAUAGUUGUGUAUACAGUACUUAUGGUAAUUAGUGCAAGUCCGGUCUUCAUACAAUGAUGUUCCUCGUUAGUACAAAA